AUGCCUUCGCCAGCAGAGAUCAUAGCUGGGACAAGCUCGUCCAUAGCUAGGCUUGCUGCCUACGCUUUCUUGAGAUGGAUCCCUGGUCAUCAUUUCCCCCCGAUUGUUGUGACGGCAGUGGCUAUCUAUCUGGCCUUCGUCUUUAGCCAGGCUGAGGCUUUCAGUCCGGGCAGACCUGCUGAGCAUGGAGUACCGUCCAAGGCCCUCCCACGUCCCGAUGACCACGAGCAGUCAAAGAAACCAGAUCGAAUCGUUGAAGAGCAAGAGGAACCCGUCCUGUAUGAGGAAGAGCGGUCAUUAUUCAAGACAUUGCUAUUUGGAAUUCCCGACUGGCGCUGGAGAGGAUGGAGCUACACAACAAUUGGUGUCAACGUUUUGCUAGCAUUGUGCAUCGUUGAUCUGGUCUUUCGAGGGCCUCUUCUUCAUCCGGCCAGGGAUUUGAGUUUCACUCGUGUUGGCUAUGUCGACUCGACAUCCGCGAAGGUCUUGAUUCGAGAACCCGAUCCGGCCCAGCUUCCCAUGUACGUCUACCUCUCCCCAGCGGACAAGACCAGCUGGACGACUACGGACACGAUCUACUACUUGGGUCCGGACACCGAUUAUACCCAUGCGCUCAGCUUUGCUGGUCUUCAGCCCUCAAAGAAAUACAUCUACUCCUUGUCUAAUGACAAAUCCGGCACUUUUGUUACGGCUCCAUCGCCAUACUCGGAGGCCGCCAAUAGUUUGACGUUUCUCACUUCUUCCUGCCUCAAGGCCAAUUUUCCGUACAGACCAACGGCCCAUUCGCUGGCGAUCCAUGGCUUUGAAUACCUGUCCAAAAUCGUCCGUUCGCUGCCAUCGCCCGCCUCAUUCAUGCUAUUCCUCGGAGACUUCAUCUACGUCGACGUGCCCCUCCGUCUAUCAUCCUCCCUUGCACAUUAUCGCUCGGAAUAUCGACGCGUCUACGCUUCUCCGUCAUGGUCAUUACCCGGUCUUGACACCCUGCCCUGGAUCCACACGCUUGACGACCACGAAAUCGCCAACGACUGGUCUGGCGGAAAUGAUACAGAUCCAUUUCCGGCUGCUUCAGAUCCCUUCAUUCAUUAUCACGUCUCGGUGAACCCACCAGUGCCAUCGGGCUCUCCGAGCGGGCCGGAAACCAAUACCACAUACUUUGAAUUCUCCAACGGCCCUGCAUCAUUCUUCAUGCUCGAUACGCGACGAUACCGGACCGACCCAGAGCCGCAAUCGACCAGCUCAGUAUCCCCGAGCUCGGGGAAGCCCCUGUACGGUUCGUCUCUGGAGUCCUCUAAUCCACCUUCUACCUCCAACACACACUCAAUGCUCGGCACCCAACAACUUGACUCUCUCCUUGAAUAUCUCUCAGCACCCGAGCCCCCGCACAUUCAUUGGAAAAUCGUCGCCUCCAGUGUUCCAUUCACGAAGAAUUGGCGAUUCGGCACCUCCGACACCUGGGGUGGAUUUCUCACGGAACGCUCAAUAAUACUGCAGGCAAUGCACGACGCAGAGCGCGAACUUGGCGUUAGGGUGGUUAUUCUUUCUGGGGACCGCCACGAAUUUGCCGCGAUAAGAUACCCGCCGCCAGUCCUCUCCCAGGACCAAGACCAAAGCCAGGUGGUGGGAGACACGAUCGACCCGUACAACUCAGCAGGUACAGCUGAACCGAUCUCUAAACCUGUUGUCUAUGACACAACCCCUGCUUCCGGCCCGCACGAAUUCUCCGUUGGGCCGUUGUCGAUGUUCUAUCUCCCUUUUCGGACGUUCCGCCAGGUCGACGACCAAGACGUCGCCAUCAAGUACGCCCCGGAUGGGAACAGCAAGAUCGGCGUCAUUGACAUCCGUAAUCUGGCCAGUGAUGGAGGGACUAAAGGAGGGCAAAGAAGCUUGUUGAAGUAUACCUUGUACGUGGAUGGAAAAGUGAGCUGGGAGUACACACUCACGAGUCCGAGCGUGGGCUCUACACCAGCCAUGGGAGGAAGCAGGAGGAGAAGGACUCGUAAUGGUGCGGGUGAGGGUGCUGGUGUGGAAGGUUGGCUCCAGAGAUUGGGACUGCGUGGCGGUACAGGGCGGGGACAGUCAUUAUGGGACUGA